UCCCCGCUCCGACGCGCGAGUGCUGCUGCGUGAGACUGGAGAACGUGCGCGGUGCGCGCUGCUCAUACACCACAGCGAAGAUGGCGGUGUCCCUGUUCUCCGGCGUGCGGCUGCUCUCGAUCGGGGACGCGAACGGGGACAUUCAGCGGCACUCGGAGCAGCAGCCCCUGCGGCUCGAGGUGAAGACCACGCAGGACGCGGCCCUGCUGAGCCUCUCCACCGCUGAGGAGACGUGUGUGUUCAAGUGCUCUGUUACACGGGAAACAGAAUGUAGCCGUGUGGCCAAGCAGUCCUUCAUCAUCACCUUGGGCUGCAACAGCGUCUUGCUUCAGUUCUCCUCCCCCACAGACUUUUCCUCUUUCUACAACAUCCUUAAGAACUGCCGGGGGCACAACUUGGAGCGCUCGGCAUUCAGUGAAAGGACGGAGGAGUCUUCUGCUGUUCAGUACUUCCAGUUCUAUGGCUACCUCUCCCAGCAGCAGAACAUGAUGCAGGAUUAUGUCCGGACCGGAACAUAUCAGCGAGCCAUCCUUCAGAACCAUACAGACUUCAAAGACAAAGUGGUGCUGGAUGUGGGAUGCGGCUCUGGGAUCCUCUCGUUUUUUGCUGCUCAGGCUGGAGCAAGGAAGGUUUACGCCGUGGAGGCCAGCACUAUGGCCCAGCAUGCCGAGGUUCUGGUGAACAGCAAUGGGUUAACAGACCGGGUGGUUGUGAUCCCGGGGAAAGUGGAGGAGGUGUCCCUGCCUGAACAAGUGGACAUCAUCAUCUCAGAGCCAAUGGGCUACAUGCUGUUCAACGAGAGGAUGCUUGAGAGCUACUUGCAUGCCAAGAAGUUCCUCAAACCCAAUGGUAACAUGUUUCCCACCAUUGGCGACGUCCACUUGGCCCCUUUCACAGACGAGCAGCUGUACAUGGAGCAGUUCACCAAGGCCAACUUCUGGUACCAGCCCUCCUUCCAUGGCGUAGACCUCUCAGCUCUGCGGGGCGCUGCUGUGGACGAGUAUUUCCGCCAACCCAUUGUGGAUACUUUUGAUAUUCGAAUCCUCAUGGCCAAAUCGGUGAAGUACACAGUCAAUUUCUUAGAAGCCAAAGAAGACGACUUGUACAGAAUAGAGAUUCCAUUCAAGUUCCACAUGGUGAACUCUGGGCUUGUGCAUGGACUGGCGUUUUGGUUUGAUGUGGCUUUCAUCGGCUCAGUCAUGACGGUGUGGCUCUCCACGGCUCCCACAGAGCCUCUCACCCACUGGUACCAGGUGCGCUGCCUGCUGCAGUCACCUCUGUUCGCCAAGGCUGGGGACACCAUGUCCGGCACCGCCCUGCUUAUUGCAAAUAAGAGGCAGAGUUAUGACAUUAGUAUUGUUGCCCAAGUUGACCAGACCGGCUCCAAAUCCAGCAAUCUUCUAGACCUGAAGAACCCCUUCUUCAGGUACACUGGCUCCACACCUGCUCCUCCUCCUGGCUCACACUACACUUCUCCUUCUGAGAACAUGUGGAACACUGGGGGGGCCUACAACAUGAGCCAAGGCAUGACCGUGUCAGGGAUGCCCACAGCCUAUGACCUCAGCGCUGUCAUCGGAAGUGGAUCUACAGCCUCUCACAACAGCCUUAUCCCACUCGUGAACACAGGGAUAGUAAACCACACCCACUCCAGAAUGGGAUCCAUUAUGAGCACAGGAAUUGUCCAGGGAGGUUCUGCGGGACAGCCAGCACCCAGCAGCAGUACUUACUAUCCUAUAAACAGCCAGUUCACUAUGGGCGGCCCAGCCAUUUCCAUGGCAUCUCCGAUGGCGAUUCCCAGCAACACUGUGCACUAUGGGAGCUAAAUCCGUCAACCUUGGGCAUUCAACCCAAUGCUCAACUGACCGCCACCGAAAGAAAACCAAAAUCAGAACUGCCGUUGGAUCGUCUCAUCUCUUUCCUUACAAUCAGGCACUCUCAUCUCACACCUCCGUCCCUGCUUUCCAAGUCUCCUGUCUGGACUGAUUCCCUCCACCUCCUGUUUUUAAUAGCUGUAGUCUGUAGUUUGCCCACAAAGUGGUGACAGUUUCCCAUCAAGGGGCUGAAAAGCCCAAAGAAACCAGCAUGGACAGCCUUGCAUAUACAAGGCUAUUCAGACAGAACUGUUCUAUUACACUGUUUUCAAAUGACUUUCCAUUCACGCACCUUGAAGCUUAUUCAGCUACCGGACACUGAACUUCGUUUCUCUUUGUGGCAAAUCAGGCACCCAUAUCUCAAUUUACUCCAUCCUUUCAAUCAUGUCACCACUGAUGGUGUUUGUGUUUGCGUAAGCAUUUUAAACUACCAUCCCUAGGCAUUGCUGAACUGAGCAAAUCCACUUGUCCUGUUCCUCCAGGGGAUUAUGGUUCAGAGACAAAGGAAGAGGAGACAGCUGUACAGUACCUCAGUCUAUUAACCUUUUAAGUCCGAUCAAGUUUCAUAUCACUUAGUUUCUCUGCCUGGCUGUAGAACCCAGACCGCUGAUUUUUUUGUCCUGUCAUCUGAGUGUUCAUUGUCUCCAUCACCUCCAAGCACAUGGGUGCCACCUCACUGGUUCUCUUGAGAAGACUGUUCUGACUCUACGUUCCCAGCUUCUUGUGCCACAUCCACACAUCUCUGUCGAAUGCUGUGCCAGCACAACCAAGACAGUGAUCUGGGCCAUCCGCAUCAUAUCUUCAUGGUCUAUUUGUUUGCAGCAGUAGGACCCAGCUGGACUGCAGUUGACAUGACCCAAAAAAGCUAAGAAGGGUAGGCUGCCAGUUGGUCAAUAGGAACUGCAGGCAUUGCAAUGGAACUUGGCUCACAUGAUUGGUUUGGACCGCCAGUUAGUUUACAUCCCUUGUCCACCUAACCUGAACCCUUUUACAUGUUUGGAGACUGUGAAACUGGUGGGUUUACCUUGGUGGCUGGAGGUGCGGUAGAGGUUCCUACACCUUUUCCCAUCCCGUUAAAUGACCUCCGUCCUGUCCCCAUCCCCCUUUUGGGUAGUAUUACUGCCCAAGACAUGGACUAAGACUUGAAAUUAUUGUGUGUGUUACUUCCAGUCUCAUUUUGCAUUUAAUUUCAAUUGGUCUAGCAAAGAGAAAUUGUCUGUAGCUGGUAGAGAACAUUUUCCUUUCAAAAAAUUAGGCAAUUAAAUGUUGGAGAUUGCUCUGGAACUUCACAUUUUUUUUCCUGCCUUUCCUUUCCUUUUCCAGCUGGUAAGUACCUUUAGCCACCUUGUGUUGCAUUCUACGCCAUAAGGAGUAUCGGAUGUAGACAUUACUCCGACAUUGUCAAAAAGCACAAGUCGUGGGCCAUUAGGGUUGUGCAAAACGUUACUAUUGGAACUCAUGGUGUUAAUGUUAAUGGAGCACAUUUUAUGUAAAGCUGCUUCCUGCCCCCAAGUUUGGAAUAAUCCCUAAAGCUGGAGUUACAUAAUGCAGAGUUGAGCUUUGGUUGCAAGCAACUAUGAUGUCACUUCAUGCAACAUGAAGCUGUUACAAAGAUCAGUUGAAUCACACUGAAAUCAUGUCCAGAAUUAUUUUGUAUGUGCUCUCAUUUGUCUUCAAACAGUUGUUGUGACUAGCCAGCUAGUGAAGUUUUAAUGUGAAAUAAAAAUUUGAGUUAUAAAUUCAUGGACCACGUGGGGGUAUGGCAUGUUACAUCAGCAGUUUACUAACCGAGCUGGCUGCUCGCUACUCUGCGAAUCAUUUUGAUAUCCAAAUGUUUAUUCUGACAUUGUAUUUUCAUCUGAAUUUAAAAUUAUGUAGCUAAAAUUGAGUUUUCAUGCAGCUCCUGUUAAAACUGACAGUUAUAAGUUUCUGUUCCUGCCAAAGAGCUCUUCAUUUGGGGAAAUGCUUUGACAUUCCAGACAUAGACAAAUGUGAUGAGAGUAAGCAGAUUGUGCAGCUAGUUAUCUAAAAUUUGGCAAAGUUGAGUUGGUAGUAAACAGGAGUUGAAAUGUGGGACUACUCAGUUGCAAAGCUCAAAGUUUCUACCCCCAUCUGCAGGCUCUAGCCCCACAAUUUAUUUUGUCCCCCCAGCCCUAAGAUUAAACCCCUUUGUUAUUAGACUUGCUGGGUUUAAUACAGUAAUGUAUGUUGCCCAUUGUUUUAUCUUAUUGGCCAAAUCAGCGGUCAGCAAUUUGAUCAAAUGCAUAGUUGUGCUCUAGUUAGCCAUGGACAAUAGCACAACAAAAUUC